GGCCGCGGCGGCGGCAGCGCGCUGCAAGGCGGCGGAGGCGGCGGCCGACGAGCCGGCGCUGUGCCUGCAGUGCGAUAUGAACGACUGCUACAGCCGCCUGCGGAGGCUGGUGCCCACCAUCCCGCCCAACAAGAAAGUCAGCAAAGUGGAGAUCCUGCAGCACGUUAUCGACUACAAUCCUGGACCUGCAGCUGGCGCUGGAGACGCACCCGGCUCUGCUGAGGCAGCCGCCGCCGCCGGCGCCACCGCACCACCCAGCCGGGACCUGUCCGGCAGCGCCGCCGCGGACCCCGCUCACGGCACUCAACACCGACCCGGCCGGCGCGGUGAACAAGCAGGGCGACAGCAUUCUGUGCCGCUGAGCCGCGCUGUCCAGGUGUGCGGCCGCCUGAGCCCGAGCCAGGAGCACUAGAAAGGGAGGGGGAAAGAGCAGAAGUUAGAGAAAAAGCCACCCGAGGAAAGGAGGGG